UCCAGUGACGGCAGAAUAGGAUCCGCCUCGCUCAUGCCUUCAUUACUUUACAUAUCAAUUGCGACUCCCCACCUCUUCUAGAUAUCCUGAGAGCUGAACCACACUUAAAGAAAAGCAGACAGAUGUGUAGUUCACAUCUUACGGACGUUGGCUUCUGCCUUAUUCUGGCUUCUGAACAAGUUUUCGCCUCCUACCGAGUAUUCAUAUGGAGCUUUAUCCAUGUUCUAACAACCAUGCCAUCCAAGGGGACUAUUCGGUGAUUCCCAGCUCCUUGCUGUUCUCCGCCGGUCUACUAGGAAACAUCAUCGCCAUCUUCAUCUUAUGGCAACACAAGUUACGCUCAAGGAAGAAGACCUCUGUGUUCUACAUCUUGGUGACAGGUCUGACCGUGACCAACUUCAUGGGAAAAUGUUUGGUGAGCCCCAUGGUGUCUGCGGCUUACUCCAAAAACCAAACGUUGGUGGCGAUGGCUGCAGACCGGACCCUCUGUAACGCCUUCAGCUUCUUUAUGAUCUUCUUCGGCUUGGCCCCGAUGCUUAUUCUUCUGGCUAUGGCUCUGGAUUGUUGGAUUGCUUUGGCAAAUCCAUUCUUUUACCAUAUGCACAUUACCAAAAAAUUUGCCCUGCUGGUCCCGGUGGUCGUAUACAUUUUCAGUGGGCUCUUCUGUUCGAUGCCAUUUUUCGGCAUUGGAAGAUUUGUACAGUAUUGUCCAGGGACCUGGUGCUUUUUACAAAUGACUGUGGAUGGCUCAGAGCCCAAGGUACUCGCUUAUUCUUUACUGUAUGGUACGGUUCUGGGAAUAUUGGUGGUAGCCAUCAUUGUCUGCAACGUGGGUACCAUGAGGCGCCUUUACCAGAUGUACCAGUUUCAGAACCAGAGGGAUUCUAUUAAAGUUAGGCACAAGGUAGACUUUGUCCAGCAGUCCGGCAUGGAGGCGCUGGAUCACCUCAUCCUCCUGGCGGUCAUGACCAUCAUCUUUUCCGUUUGCUCCCUUCCUUUAACUUUCCGAGUCUACAUCAGCGCCUUCACCACAGGGAGGAACGAAUACGCCGACCUCAUGGUCUUAAGGUUUCUCUCCAUAAACUCUAUUGUGGAUCCAUGGAUUUUUAUCAUCUGUAGGACAUCCAAAUUUCACACCCAUGUCCACAAUCUGUGCAGCAGAAUGCACUCUACAAACAACACCCAGAGCGAACUGAUCGGGGAGAGCUUGAAAAGUCAACUGUAAUACCAGGGGCCGGGAACUACUUCUUGUAGUAGCCAACAUUUCGGACAUUGAAAUUGGAUUGGGGUGGACACUCUUCCAUGCUAAGGUUGCACUUAUUAAUGUAUUCACAAUGUAUGAAUCUACUGAAAAGGGAUGAAUGGUGGCAAAAUCUUACAAGCCAAGCGGGAUACAUGCUUGACACAUGGGAAGCAACGGGGACAAGUGUCCGGGAAGUGGCGUCUGGUCAAGUAUUGGAAUCCGGUGAAGUGUUGUAGGAGGAUUGAGCAGUUAUGGAUUGAUGGAAAGGAGAUCAACUGUGAAAUAUAGGCAAACACGUGAAUUCUAAUUAUAAAGAAAGUUUACAUGUUGUAUAUAGUAUAUAUGAAUGUGAGAUGAUAUUAGAUUUUAUAUGCCAAAGAAAGAAGGAUGAGAUGGAUGAGGUGGACCGACAUAACCCUUAGGCUG